AUGCAGAAGACAUGUGUUGUGCAUAAAUUACAAGUUGAAAGGGCUUUGAAAUACGCAUUUCAAACAAGUGACAGGCUCUGCUUUGUUAUGGAAUAUGCUAAUGGAGGCGAGCUCUUUUUCCACCUCUCUCGUGAACGUGUUUUCACAGAGGACCGUGCCCGAUUUUAUGGAGCAGAGAUCGUAUCGGCCCUGGAGUAUCUCCAUUCUAGAAAUGUAGUCUAUAGAGAUAUCAAGCUGGAAAAUCUUAUGCUGGAUAAGGAUGGGCACAUAAAGAUCACAGACUUUGGCCUCUGCAAGGAAGGAAUUACAGACGGGGCUACCAUGAGAACUUUCUGUGGCACGCCGGAGUAUUUGGCGCCAGAGGUCCUAGAAGACAACGAUUAUGGGCGUGCUGUUGAUUGGUGGGGUCUGGGGGUAGUGAUGUACGAGAUGAUGUGUGGCCGACUCCCCUUCUACAACCAAGAUCAUGAAAGGCUAUUUGAGCUAAUUUUAAUGGAGGAAAUCCGCUUCCCCCGUACAUUGAGUCCAGAGGCUAAGUCGCUGCUGGCCGGACUCCUAAAGAAGGAUCCAAAACAGAGGUACUGGGGUAGAUGAAUAAUUCUAAGCACC